AUGGCGAGGAGAGGAAAAAUGAGAAGGCGGAGAGAUAGCAGAUGGCGGGAGAAGCAGGGAUUCGAUGAGUACAUGACCUUGGUCCUCGAUGAUGCUGAGGAAAUCAACGUCAGGAACACUAGGAAAUCAUUGGUGGCAAGUGAAGAUAAUUAUGGCAGGAAUGAUGGUUGGCGCUUGCCUUGA